AUGACUGCAGCAUAUAAUGGAUUAUUCUCGUUAUCUGCUAACUAGAUUAGUAUUUAAUUGGCAGUAUUUGCAAUGCAUAGAAAUAUUCCAUCUGGAUUUUGGUUCCACAAGUCGACUGAGCAAAAUUUAGAUCAAGAUUAGCAGGCACAACUUAAUGUUGAGGACUAUGAUAUUUAUAUCAACCCACAACUAAAGGCAGAAACUAGACAAUAAGAAUACUGCUGGGAAUAUUGCCCUUCUUUUAUUGGUUUAAGAUGCAUGGUUAAAAGACCCCUUGGAAUCUUUGUUUCUUAUAUGAACGAAGAGGGUGAUGAAAUAGAGAAAGAAAUAUUUGAUUUUUAAGCUAGAGUAUUCUUACAUGAAUUGGAUCAUAUCGAUGGAAGAACUAUGACUCAUUGGAGGCUAUCAGAGGGUAAUAUAGAUAUUAUAGACUCAGAGAAAGACAAUCAUAAAAACUUAGCAAGUACUAUUGAUUUUUACAAGCACAAAGUUUAAGAUAUGAAGAGAGAUUUUCCUCAUAUGUUUGAUGAGACUAGAAAGCAUGAAAAGAUCAUUAAAGACGGCAAAGAAUGGAAUAACUUCCAUAAAGAAGGUAGGGAAUCAUCGUUUAAGAUUGAGGAUUAGGGACAUAAGCCAAGUUUUGAGGAUGCAAUGCUUCUUGAUAUGGUUAGAGCUUCUCGUAAGGACACACUCGCAAGGGAUAAGAAAUAAGGGAAACAAUCUCAAAAUUAAUGA